GGCGAAUGUGCUUGGGGUUUGCUUCCGGGUCUUGGGCUUGGGUCCCGGGCGCAGGGGAUUCUGGGAGUCAAGAGUCGUUAUGGAGUCUGUGUGAUCUCUGGAGGCUGCUGAAUCGGGCCUCAGCCAAGGCAUAAAAGAUGACGACAGCAGCUCGGCCAACAUUUGAACCUGCGAGAGGUGGGAGAGGAAAAGGAGAAGGUGAUUUGAGCCAACUCUCGAAGCAGUAUUCUAGUAGAGACCUACCUUCUCAUACAAAAAUAAAAUAUAGACAGGCCACUCAGGAUGCCCCUGAAGAGGUUCGGAACCGUGACUUCAGAAGAGAGCUGGAAGAGAGAGAGAGAGCUGCUGCAAGGGAAAAAAACAGAGAUCGUCCAACUCGAGAACAUACAACCUCGUCUUCAGUGUCAAAGAAACCUCGGUUAGACCAGAUUCCCGCUGCCAACCUUGAUGCAGAUGAUCCUCUAACAGAUGAGGAAGAUGAAGAUGAAGACUUUGAAGAGGAGAGUGAUGAUGAUGACACUGCAGCUCUUCUUGCAGAACUGGAAAAAAUUAAAAAAGAGCGAGCUGAAGAGCAAGCCCGGAAGGAACAAGAGCAAAAAGCUGAAGAAGAAAGGAUUCGUAUGGAAAACAUUCUGAGUGGCAACCCUCUCCUUAAUCUUACUGGCCCAUCCCAGCCUCAGGCCAACUUCAAAGUUAAAAGAAGGUGGGAUGAUGAUGUUGUUUUCAAGAACUGUGCAAAAGGAGUAGACGAUCAGAAGAAAGACAAAAGAUUCGUUAAUGAUACGCUGCGAUCUGAAUUUCACAAAAAGUUUAUGGAGAAAUAUAUUAAAUAGUGCAGUUUUAUGUGCUUAAAGACUAUAAAAUGUAAAUAAUCACUGUGACUUUAUUGGUUAGUUUGUUUUUUUCUUUCCCUCCAUUUAAAUUGUGAAUAGGCUUCCCUAAUUUUAAGUUCCAAAAUAUCUUUUCCUUGAUUGACACCUUAUUUGAUAAGGACUUGGGGAUUGUUUAACCCAGUUUCUAGUCUGAAUGUUUCCAGUCAUACGUUUUCUUUUUAAAAUUGGAAAGAUUAUCUUCUUGUAAUGAAUGUUUUUCAUAAUCUAAAUAACCAAAUUUGUGUUCCCCAACUUUUUUGUUGAACUGUAUGCAGCUUAUAAAACACUGCAUAUUUUCUUUUGUGUAUUUCUGUGUACAUUAACUUUUCCUCCUCCUUCCUCUAACAUUGAUUUGUGGUCAGUUAACUCCUGAUGUCUUCUCUAUUUUUUAAAAGAGUGUGAUGAAAGAUGAAAGGGACUCACUUCAUUGUGGACCACUUGAUGCUAUGGAAAUGUGUCAUCAACCAGGAAGUGCCCUGAUGUGUGCCUGAGGGAGCCCGGGGUGUCUUACCUUUGCAGAGGCUCCUUUCUUGGCCCAAGACAAGAGCUCCCGAAGCAUGCCUGGGAGGCUGGUGGCCCUCACUGUGUUCUGGAUCCCCAGCCUCCAGGUUUCUCUGGAAUGAGAGACAGUUUGCACAGUGACACACAUUAGAGACAAAGCCUAAGAAAUUUUUAAAAUCAAACAAUGCAUGAAAUAAAAACUUUGGAAAUUGGA